AUCUACAUCUGCACUCACGCGCAAUUCCACUUUUGCCAACUUUUCAACCCUCUUCCUGGCAUCUUGACCGUCGUUGUCAUCCCUAAUUUGACGGCAAUAUAUCCUCGAGCGUCACUCUAACCCAACGGAUAUUUUCGACAAUCGCAACUUUCGGUCCGGUCAUCUCAGCAUUGGAGGAUCUAGAGGUUUGACUUUGGGUCUCUCAAUCUGCUUUCUUCACAAAGUACCUGAAACCACUGUUCAUCCAUCACUCACCUUCACCUUCACCUGCUCUCCGCCUUCACAGAUCCCAUCACACACAAGCCUACAGAUCCGUCACGGAACCUGGCUGCUUUCCAUCCAUCGCAUUCCCUUCUCAACAGAUUCCGUCCAAGCACACGCUCUCUCCCCUCACCCGAGCUCCAGCACCAGCACCAGCACGUUUCCUUUCGAGCAUCCCCACGGUGUACAUAAUUCGAUCAAUACAAGACUAAUUAUUUCCGACCUCCCUUCCGACCGCAUCCUGAGCUAUUCAAAGAUUAACAAGCAGCGAAAUCAAUCAAUAUGUCUGCCUCACCACCCACCCCCAUCCAGUCAGCCAAGCGCCCAUUGGAAGAUCCAUCUUCCCCAUCCGGCCCCACUGAUCAACCAGAUGCCAAACGCCCGGCCCUUGACAAAGUUACGAAGGAAGAAAUCGAUGAGACUGCGGGACAAAAGGCCUUAGAAGAUGAAGCGGGUGAUGCUAAGGUUGAGGGUGGUGACUCAACCAAUGGCGUUCAAACUGAGUCCAAGGAUACACAAGGCGAUGUUGUUGUGAGCGAUGCGCCAGAUGGUACUCGUACUGUUGAAGGUUCUAUCCCAUCUACAGGAGAUCAAGGUUCAUCUGGAAAUGCACUCCAGCACGAUGAAAGUUCUUGGAUCCACAUACGCGCCGUUAUAUCAAGUGCGGAGGCCGCAACUGUCAUAGGUAAAGGAGGAGAGAAUGUGACACUUAUUCGUAAGAUGUCUGGCGCCAAAUGUACCGUCAGUGACUACCAAAAAGGCGCCGUGGAGAGAAUCCUGACUGUCAGCGGCGUGGUUGAUGCGGCAGCAAAGGCAUUCGGCUUGAUUAUACGCACCUUAAAUGGCGAACCACUUGACCAGCCAUCAACUCCACAGUCAAGGACAUACCCGCUUCGUCUUCUUGUUCCGCAUGUUCUCAUCGGCUCGAUUAUUGGGAAGGGUGGUGUCCGAAUUAGAGAAAUCCAAGAGCAGUCAGGGGCACGACUGAACGCAUCGGAUGCAUGCCUACCUCUUUCGACUGAACGCUCCGUCGUCGUCCUUGGCGUUGCCGAUGCCGUUCAUAUCGCCACUUAUUAUGUAGCCAGCACUCUUUUGGAGCAAUUGACUGAACGAUUCGGAGGACCGACAGCUUCAGCAUAUGCCACUCGUAGCGGAGGCCCGGCUGGAGUGAUCCCCGGUGGAAUGCAAGUUGUCCCUUAUGUUCCACAACCUGCUGGGGGUAACUACGGCCACCCGGAUAACGUCCGCCACAAUGACAUCCGAUCUCGCCAAACGCCAGCAGCCCAGUACGGACAGCCUUAUGCUCAAGGCCCAGGCCCACAGCAAGCCGGCGCGUCUAUGCACUACGGCGGUUCCCCCGCUGCCGGGUAUGGUGUAGCACCACAGCAGCCACAGCAAGUAGGCCAUGGUGGCCCAGCUUCUCACGCCGGGCCGCCAGCUCAGCCAAUGCAAGGUGUUGUCCCAGGCCAGCCCUUGACGCAGCAAAUCUAUAUCCCCAAUGAUAUGGUCGGAGCUAUCAUUGGCAAGGGUGGUGCUAAGAUCAACGAAAUACGCCAACUCAGUGGAAGUGUUAUCAAAAUUAACGAGCCUCAAGAUAACAGCAACGAGAGGCUUGUCACGAUCACUGGAACUGCCGAAUGCAACCAGAUGGCACUGUAUAUGCUCUACUCCAGAUUAGAGAGCGAAAAACACCGUAUUUGAGAUGUGGUUUAAAAUUAAGGACAGGGGAGUGGAAACUUUGCUUCAUUUUCAUUUGGCGCUUCAAACCAUGGGGAUAGCAUAUUAUCAGGCGAAAUGAGAGUCUUUAUUUAACUGGAUGGUAGACCCUGGGUUGUGCGAUCUGUGCCAAGAGACGCUGACCAGGCUGGGAUAUGUCGAACGUUUUUGAAAUCGCGUGACCGGUGCCUAACUGCUUGAAAACGUGACAUGUAAACCGCUAUUGGAUGAAUAGAUAAAUACGCU